AUGUCUGGCGUCGUCCUCCGUCGCAGUGCUCGCUUCAUCCAUACCGCAUCCACUUUUGCUCCAGCGAGCGGCCCAGGAGCCACCGCUGCUCCUACGCAGGUGCACGACGAGGAUUUGUCUGACCAGAGAGAGAUUCCUCUUAUGGAUGCAAGACCGGCAAAACGCGCUCGUGUAGAGAGGAAUACUCGUGCAAAACUGAUCUCUAACACCCAGAACCAUAAAGCAAAGUAUAGAGCGGUCCCCUCCAAAGCUCCCAGGAAGCCUGCACAUCACAAGACAGAAACGGUUGGGCCUGUUCCCAUUGACUUUAGCUCGAGGGCGAAAAGUCAGUGGAAGAUCGGCCCACACGUCUCGGCAGCAGGCGGCGUUGAAAACACCAUAAUAAAUGCCGCGAAGGUCGGAGCACUCGGUAUCUUCAUUCAAAUCCCGUAUGAAGACAUUUGGAUAUUCACCGUCACAUAUUCUGCCUCACGGAAGUUACCUCGUCAAUUUGGGCAAUCCCGACAGUAUCUGCGCGGAAUGCAUCUCAACGAUAGCAAGGGCGCCCUAGGCAGCAAGAAGGACAGGCACGAGAACAUCGGGCUAGGCGAACUCGGGCUUGCCGCCUUCGCACACGUCCUCGCUGACCCGCGCACGAGAGACCUCCCGCUCAUCCUCGAGACCCCCGCCUUCGACACGCCGGGCGCAGGCGGCGGACUCGGCGCCACUGGCGGGAUGGACGUGUGGCGCAAAGAGGUAGAGGUCCUCAAUCGGCUUGCGACGACGCCAGGGAACGAGAAGACCCACGAGGCAGCCCGGCAGGAGAUCGCGGCCGUGGUCAAGGUGGCCGCGGCUGCGCGAGAUGCCAAAGGGAAGAAGAGGGCGGUCGGGGAGAAGUCCAGAAGCAAGCGCAAGAGGCGGACGAAUGAAGACGAUGAAGCGGGGUGUGGGAGUUGUGAUGACGGUGGAGAUGUGGAGGAUUGA